AUGGAUUCUAUGAUGGAGGCCAUGCUGAGAAUGAAACAACUAAUGGAGAGUAACGCGGCCACUGACGCCGCUGCUAGCAAGGCUGCUAAGGCAGACCUGGCUCUCCCGACUGUUGCGCACCAUCCUGUUCCAAACAUUGUGGGACGAGGGAGAAGCACAUCGGGGCAUGUCAACAACCCCCAUCCGGGGUACAACCGAGGUGCUUACCCCUACGGUUUACCACCCAACUACACACCACCAACCAUGCAUGAAGAUGUCGGUCACGUUACUCCCCUCACCCUCGAAGGGGAUUCUCCUCGGCACCCUAACGGGGUCCACGAGAAUCCUCAAGAGUGCGCUCAAGGAGACGUCGACUCCAACUCCCUGUUUCCUGCUGAAGGGCUGGCGCCUAACGCAUUACCUCAAACCAAUGUCACGGGAGAGCCUCGAAACCACCCAACACAGCCAAUGUUUCUGUCCGUGGGAGGGUCGCCCCCGGCUGCAGAAGAAAAGGAAAAACUCGAUCUCAUAGAAGAGAGAUUGAGGGCUAUUGAAGAAUUCGGCGAUCAUCCGUUCACAGAUAUGACCGACCUGUGCCUGGUGCCGGACGUCGUCAUCCCUCCGAAGUUCAAGGUACCUGACUUUGAUAGGUAUAAAGGGACGACAUGUCCUAAGAAUCACCUAAAAAUGUACUGUCGAAAGAUGGGUGCAUAUUCCAGGGACAAGAAGUUAUUGAUGCGUUUCUUUCAAGAUAGUUUGGCUGGGGUAGUAGUCAUCUGGUACACUCACCUAGAAGCUUCUAACAUUCGCACCUAG